AUGCUAUUGGCAGAAGAAUACAAAUGUUUAGAACUGGCCAAGUUGGCAGAGGUUCAGAUAGGUGACCUCGUCGAUCCCAAAACAGCGUUCGAAUUUUUACCCGCUGCAUUCCGACUUGGUCGUGAACAACUGAAAUCCGAUUUGUUGGAGUACAUUGAGGAUUAUAGUUCGAGUCUACUAACAACUACGAACGAUGACAUUUUGCUCCUCAACCCGACAGCAAUGAAAGCUAUUUUGGAAAGCGACCAGCUUGAUUUAGAUGAAACUCGUGUUGUAGAAGUGGCUUGCUAUUGGGCGGAGCAUUACUUAGCACGAGCACGUGAAAAUUGUAUCAAUGCUGAACGUGACAAUGCUCGGGCGUCCAUCAUUAAAUUUCGGCCUUCGAUUGAAGACAGCUCAUCAAAUUCGUCAGAUAUUCCAGUUCUUGGCUCGCAUCGGGAAAAUAACGACUUAUGCAAAAAGUCUGUCUAUUUGCAUGAGGCGCUUGAUGAAGUGGCCGAUACCCUAUCCUCUCUCAGACUGGCACUUAUACCACCCAUCGAGCUGUUGCGUCUAGAGGAAGAAUAUGGCGGAAAAGGGACCAUUCCGGAAGAAUGCUUCAUAAACGCGUGGCGAAUUUUGGCCACCCAGGGACCAAACGUAUCAACGGAAGAGAAGAAAAUAACUGUUCAGCCCAGAAAAGGAACGGUUACCAGAGUUCAGAGGCGCAAGUCUUAUGCUGAUCCACUGUUAGCAGCAAGACGCAGCAAAUCUUCCGCCGUUCGUAUAUCGGACGUGAAUGUGAACCGGGCAUUCGGCCAUUGA